GAUGCACAGUGUGUAUCUCGCAGCAAGCUGGCAGGCGGCAGGCGACCGUAGGUUGACGUCGCGUCUCGCAUUGACAGCUGAAACCGUCAACAAACGGGAAUAUGAUUGUCUGUAGCAAUACUGCUCGCCAUUCACGCACACGCCGGUAGGCGAAUAGCACGUGGCAGACUAAAUUAGAGCGAUAUGAGACGCCGCGCGCGUCUCCAGUAGGUCAUACUGUGCGACACAGCGCGCGCUGAAACUACUAAAUACGCCGACACGGAGUAUGUUAGUUCCAAGAGCCAACUUGAACAGCAGUGAUGAGCAUCAGCAGGAAGUGGAGAGAAUAUGUGGCAGCACUCAGUGCUACCUUGAUCACGGCGGCGGCGGGCACCACCGUCGGCUGGACAUCCCCCACGCUGCCUAUCCUGCUGGGUCCAGAUUCCCCAAUACAUACCACGGCAGACCAGAGCUCAUGGAUCGUCUCGCUUAUGAUACUUUGUUCAGCCGCAAGUCCCAUACCAGCAGCAUACUUAGCAGACAGGAUCGGCACCAAGAAAACGCUGCUCCUGGCUUCAGUGCCGUACAUCAUAGGCUGGAUCCUGGUCAUGUUGGCCGGGAACGUUCCUACCAUCUACGUCUCUCGUCUCAUCUCAGGAAUCGGCUACGGUAUAGCGUAUACAACUGCCCCUAUGUAUCUGGGAGAAAUCGCAUCAGAUGAAGUCAGAGGUUCUAUGGCGACGCUGAUCACUGUUAUGUCCAAGUUUGGUAUCCUGUCGCAGUAUUGUAUCGGUCCCUACGUGUCAAUGAUGGGGUUAGCCAGCUUCAACAUCGCUAUACCAAUCCUUUUCGUUGUCACAUUUAGUGCGAUGCCUGAAUCACCGUACUACUUCAUCAAAUCUGGACGAAAUGCCGAAGCCGAAAUGUCACUAAAGAAACUUCGCGGCAAGGACUACAUUAUUGAAGAACUGGACAGCAUGACAGCUUUGGUCAAUGAGAAUAUGAAAGAAAAAAGCAGAUGGAAAGACCUUGUUAAGGUCGGAGGAAACAAAAAAGGUCUUAUAAUUUUAUUGGGAAUAUAUUUUACCCAACAAUUCUGUGGUAGUACCGCUAUUAUAUCCUACGCACAACAAAUAUUUGGUGCAGCUGAAGGAGGAUUUGGUGCGAAAGAAUCGUGCAUAUUGUUAGGUUCAGUGCAGUUGUUAACAUCAGCGAUUUCUUCGCAACUCGUCGAUAGAUUGGGAAGAAAGCCACUUUUACUCGUAUCUUCCUGUGGUGUAGGCUUAGCGAACAUUAUUAUAGGGGCAUACUUUUUUAUAAAACACCAGAACAGUGAAUACCUCGUCGCUUUAAGGUUCAUUCCCAUAAUUGUGAUACCGAUAUUUAUAUUUUCUUAUACAAUAGGUUUGGCCACAGUUCCAUUCGCAAUAACUUCAGAAAUAUUUCCAACUCACAUUAAAUCAAAAGCCACGUGUGUGAUACAGAUUUUUGUUGCUCUGAUGACAUUUGCUGUCACGAAAUUAUUCCAAGUCGUUGCCGAUAAUUUGGGUGAAUACGUAGCGUUUUGGGGUUUCGGACUUUUGUCCGUAGCUGGGGUGAUAUUCAUUUUAGUAUUAUUGCCGGAAACAAAGGGGCAAUCAUUUGCUGCUAUACAGGAAAAAUUAUAUUCGUCCAGUGAAAAGGUUGUUUUUGAAAAAAGCGAGGAUCAUUUAGGUGCAGUCAGAAUUAACAUUUAAGAAUACAUGUUAAUUGUUAUUAACAGAUCUCGUAAAGUAUAAAAUUACAUAAGUUUUGUGUAACAACACUAAAAUACUAAUACUACUUACGCAUGUAAAAAGUGAGUACUUAAAGCGAUUGUCCGUCCGGUACUUUUUGUUUCAGUAUUUAUUGUAGGAAUAUAAAACUACUUGGUGUUCAUAUCAACAAAAUUUUGAGUAUCGGUUUUGAUGUUUCCUUUCAUAAGCAUACUGAAUAUUAAGCCUUGAGUAACUUUUACAACAAAAGACUUUAAAAAAAGAAAUAAUAUCCAAUUAGUACCAUUCUUAAUAAUGCGUGUGAUGCGGACAAUUUUAAGGGACCAAAGUACUUACCAAUAUUUUAAUACUACUAUUUAUAAUUUGUAUUUUAUCCUUAUUAUUUUAUAUAAGUAUAUUGCCAGCAAAAUGUACACAGCGAACUCUCAAGUGCCUUCGGUAAUAUAUAGGUAAUAAGUAUUUUUUAAGUACAAUCUUACUAGAUUUAAGUAAAUACGAAUGAAUACUUCAUGUAUAACCAUACCAUAAUAAACCAUAAUAAAUGCAUGCUCAUACAUAUGAUGAUGUCCAUAUCUCUGAGGAGUAGCCUACUACAUCAUCCCUCUUGAUACAAUUCGUGCAUACUUUUUCUUCAACUAUGCAUCAAUUAUUUCAUGCAAGAUAAGCGUCCUUUCAAUUCUUAUUUUCAUCGUAACGCCUGAAUUUGAUAAUAACACUCGCGUUAUAUAUGCGCAGAGUUUACCUGAUUUCAUUGAUCCUCUCAACAUGAUCGACCAUCUAAACUUUCUCUUUUCUAUUCCUGUCAGUAUAUCUUCUUUCAUACUCUCAUCUUUGCAUGUAACCGGGAACACCCUCCACAGCAAUGCUUUAGGGCCCGGAAUCUCUUUCAUAUCGUCUUUCUUAACAUUCCCUUAUCUCGCUAUUCUUAAUCCUUUCACUCAAUUUACUCCGACCAUACUAUAAUAAUAAUAACGUUUA